AGAUUGUACUCAUUUCGUGGUGGUCACUUUGUAUUCACUUAUCCAUCCCAUCAUCAAUCGGACGACAAACGGCCUGUAAGAGAGUCCAAAUUACCGACCUACACAAUUAUCUCAAAACAUCGACCCAACUAAGAAAUCACCGUGGAGUUUGAUCAAUCCAAAAUGGCGCCUAUCAGCAAGAAAGUCCCCAUCAAGCCCAUUCUUCCGUCGUGCCGUGUGUGCGGUGAUGAGGCAUCUGGGAUACAUUACGGGGUGACUUCAUGUGAAGGGUGUAAAGGGUUCUUCAGACGGUGCAUCGGGAACAAAACCCUCAUCGUGCAGUGUCAGAAAGAAGGCCAUUGUGAUAUUGGCAAGAAUACUAGAGGGCGCUGUGCUCACUGCAGAUACCAGAAGUGUCUUGCAGUCGGCAUGUCUGUGCAUUCUGUUCGUGUAGGACGUUAUUCUAAGAAACAGAAGAUGAAAAACCUUGCCGAGAUCCAGAGUCUGGCUACUCCUGAGCAGAUCGUUGAGCGGGAAAGAAAGGAUCGAGAAAUUUACGCUCUCAUUCAGAAGGUUGUAAACGCUCAUGACGUCACCAGCUCUAAGAUGACAACAACAGCACACAUCAAACUGAAGCAAGACUCCCAACAGAUGCAUCCUGAUAGACUUCCUGUAGACCUGUCAGCCCUAUCCCUUCCUGGGGCCAAUGUUUGGUCCCACUUCUUGGAUGAACCUUGUGAUCUUGGAGACUUGUACUCUAGGAUUUGUACCGUCAAAGGAUACCUGACCGACGUCCUCACUCCCUCUGUUGUGAAUGUGGUGCAAUUCAGCAAGAAUCUACCCGGCUUUUGUGAUCUUCUGCAGGAGGAUCAGAUGACUCUUCUCAAAGCUGGUUUCUUUGAGAUCUGGCUCCUGCGGACAUGCAUGGAAAUUGCCUUCACGUCAGAUUCGGUGUCAUUUGGUACGGAGCAUGGGUACGCUAUGUCCCACCUUAGCAUGCUUGGCUGUGAUUACAGAUUCUGGGACGAGCUCUUCGAUUUCUCCAGGAGCUUCAACAAUCUCCAGCUGAUCAAGGAAGAAAUCGCUCUCUUUACCACCGUUGUUCUUUUCAGUCCAGAUCGCCAUGGCCUAGUAGAACCUAGUAAAGUGGAAUUACUUCAAGAUCGUUAUCUCGAAUGCCUCAAGAGGGAAGUGACAAGAAGGGAUUGGAAGAACAAGCAACUCUUCGCAAGGCUCCUGAUGCAGGCUACAAAUCUACGUGCAGUAUCCGCAAUCUUCUUUAAGAGCACGUCCGAAUUCAGGCACGCAUGGCCUUACAUGGAGAUUCCUGCGCUUCUGCAGGAGAUUCUCAACUAUGAUUGCUGAUAAGGCAAACGACAUAUUAUAUGUUGAUAGACAUUAUGUAUAUGAAUUGGCUGCGAGGGUUUACCUCUAUGUGUGCAAUGUUGUCUUUGCACGUGCAUGUGGCCUGCAUGGCGUUAGGACGCUUGACUGUAAUGUUCUUUUUGACUUGUCCUUGGGUCUCACUUGUUAAAAGGAUGGUACCACUCAUUUAUUGAUAUUUGUGAAAUGUGUAACGGUUUGCUUUGCUUGGCCUUAACGCAUCUUUAUAGUGAGCAUUGUGUGGUAAAGUAGAAUUGCAACAAAUGUACUAUGAACAAAUUGUGUGGAAAUCGUCGGCCUGGUGCAGACGAUUUGUACACUACAAGUUCCUUGUAUUUAUUUUAAUAUCUUAAUUCUUACUGUAGCCGUUAUGGCACAGUUUCAUUCUAGAUAGAUGUAGUGAUAGGGGCAUGAUCAGUUUGUACUAGGGUAGGUUUUUAGCAUUCAUCUUCUGCUGGACAGAUUGAAUAUAGCGUCUAGAUAACAGCAUGAAGUGCAUGUUGAGUGUCUUGUUGACGUUUAAGCACUGUUGAACAGUGAGAAUAGUCCAACAUUCAGUCUGUUUCUGGUUAGAGACCAGCUGACCCGAACGUAUGACGAUAUGCAUUCAUAUACUGUAUGUACCAUGACUAUGUGUAACAUUGUUUAUGUAUCAUACUCUUGGAAGAAAAAUAUGUUGUUUUGUAUGUAAGCCAAAGAAAACUCUUAUGUAACGAUGAUUUUUGUACAUAUUGCUAAAUCAGGGUGAAAGUAUAUAUAUUUGUGGAUGGUGUAGAUAUAGUUGGAAAUGCUAAAUACACCAUGACAUGUGAAAAACAAAGAUGUAAAUAAGAUAUAUUUUAUCUAUAUGAAACCUCAUUGAGACUGAAUUCUAUCCGACUUGAAAUAAAUCAAAGAUUUAUAUAUCAGUCCACUCGUCAGGAAGCU